GCGCCGGUCGCCGCCCUCGUCGCUCUGCUCGCCCGACCGUCGCAAGUUUCGGCCGCUUUCAUCAAUUUCGACAACUGCCUGGACCAGAAUAUUCGCAACUCGAACCCGCUGCACCUGCAGUUCAUUCCGCUCUUCGUCGAUGCGCGCUUCAACACGUCGGCAAAAAGUCACAAUCUCAAUCUGACCAUCUACGGCAAUGUCAGUGGCCAGGCCACCCAAGGCGACUACCCGCCGCCCGGCGAUCCGCUAUGGUCCAAUCCCAACGACACGUUUGGCAAGAUAGUCGACGUCUCGCCCUCGAACAACAGAUAUUCGACCCUCUUCCAGCGCUACCAAGUCCUCACCUUUGAUGCCUACGAGGCCGAACCCAGCCGCUUCUGCAAUUCCACCCUUAACGACUCGUGCCCGUUGAUUCCUUCCUUCUUCGCCAAUGCCUCCGAUCCCGACAGCCUCUCGGCCUUUAGUGUCAGCCACGACUUUUACAGCUCGUAUGCCUUCGCCACGUUCGCGACAACUAUCUCGGCCAAAUCUGGCGAUGCUGGAGCCCCCGACAUCGCCUGCAUCUCUGCCAACAUCACACCUGCCCUUGGCCAUACCCUGUCUGGCCUGUUGACCUAUCUCCCUGUCGCCAUCCUCAUACUCGUCGCCAUCGCCACCGCCGCCGCUGGCAUAUACUCUCCUUGGGGCUCUACGGAUCCAUUCAAAUGGACUACAAAUUAUGGCCGUGAUCAGGAUCUACUGCGUCUUGUGACACCUGGCUUCGGCGACUGCUUGCAAUACAUUCAAUUUAUCUUCUUGACGGGCGCCCUCAGCCUGAACUACCCCGGCUAUUAUGCACCCGUUACCAAGCAAGCGAGCUGGUCUGCUCUGCUUUUCAACUCGAGUUAUGUCUCGCAAGGAGACGGCACGCAAUCCCUCCAGGACGGCAUCUACAUCACAAACGGCACCUACGGUAUGACGCGUAUGAGCCAGCUGGUGGGUAUGACAGCAGUCCGCGACAUCUGGGCCUGUAUGGCUGUCUGGCUGCUAGUAGUCGCUGUUGCCGUUGUCGUACUCUGUCAGCUAGCCUUCCUUGUCCGUUGGUUGAUUCGACUCCUCUCCAACACACAAGAAGAAGACCUUCGCCAGAAAAACUGGCCCCUGAGCGGUGGUAUGGUCGUGCGCAUUCUCUUUAACUACUUCCUCUUACCUGUUGUUGCCAUCUCCAUGUUCCAGCUGAUAGUGGCUCCUCGUUCGCCUCCUUCUGUGGUCGCCAUGGCAGUCAUUCUACUACUGGCCAUCAUCGCGCUUGCCCUCUGGAUCCUCAAUCUCAUUUUCCGCACCAAGCCACGUGCCUAUCUCUUUGAUGACCUCCCUACAGUCUUACUCUACGGCCCGCUCUACAAUACGUACUCCGACGAAGCAGCCCCCUUCGCCCUCAUUCCCGCCAUUCUCACCUUCAUUCGAGGCAUUGCUAUCGGAGCGGUACAACCUUCAGGCAUUGCACAACUGGUCAUUAUGGCCAUUUGCGAGGUGAUCCUCAUACUAACACUCCAUGCUUUCCGUCCUUUCCAUUCGCCUACACAUAUGAAUGCCUAUCACACCUUCUUCGCCUCGGCUAGGCUUGCUACCGUCCUUCUAAUGGUAGCAUUUGUGCCAUCCUUGGGCGUCACCGAGGCGCCGAAGGGAUGGAUCGGCUAUGCCAUUCUCUUAAUUCAUGGCAUAGUCCUUAUCUUUGGAUUUUUCAUGAACGCCCUUCAAACCCUUCUAGAAGUCUUUGCCCGCAUGGCAGGUGCUGGAGGUGAUCCUCAGCACGGCGCUCAGAGAGGAGGCCUGAUAUCGUUCGGUUGGCGUCAGCUUCGCAAGCGGCAACCAGGUAGGCAAGCAAACAGACCUGGUAGCAUGAUGUCUGAUGCCGCUAUCCUAGCCAACGACUCGGACGCCAAAUCACUCAACCUGAUGGGAGGACGGUCGAGAAGCAUGUCUGCUAGCUCCCAAAUGAUGCUCAGCCAGCACUUGCCUGACAAUCGUGUUAGUGGCGGCUUCGAUCAGUUCGCUCAAUCUGAGUACGGAUAUACCCCAACAGCCGAAACUCCAACUACUCCAUACAGCGCUGUCCCACAGUCUAGUAGUUCUGUCGCAGGAGCUGUUAAUCCUGGCAAGCGCCCAGUUCUGGGCAUCAAGACUGAGCAACCUCUUUCCGAUCCAUACUAUCGGGCUCCUCGACCACGCAGGAAUACCAACGAUCCCUAUACACCAGGGGCCAGAAGCCGACACUCGACCAGUGGUGAUUGGAACAGACUACCGUAUCAAGAUUCGCCAGAACAUGCCAUCGGUGUUGACGACCUUGGCGAAGGCGGCUCGAUUGCACCUCCAUAUCUUCGAACUCAACACAGAGGUGCUUCGGAUCCGGAUCUAGCAGAUUUGACACCUCGGGAAAGAACCGACUAUGCUGUGCGAGAAGUUGACUUCUACUAUGGCGUCAGAGGUCCGGCCUUGUCAAACGCUCCUGCCAGAAAACUCAAGACAGGACCGGCUGAUCCUGUAGGUCCUGUUUCUUCUGCCACCACGUGGUUCCAGCGUCUAGUUGGGGGUAAACGAAAGGACAAGGGCAAGGGAUUUGAAGUAGUCCGCAGCUCUCGUGUACCUGCCAACAUGACGCGUGAGCCAUUGGAAGACGAAGAGGGGCAGGAAUUACAGACUUCACCACCCAUGAAUUAUCUGCCCUACAAAGAUUCUCCAGAC